CGGAGAAGAGCUCUGGCCAGUCCCAGUCCUGCUGCCUGCGGAGUAAGUGCUCCAGGCGUAACCAGCGGGCUGCUGCCUUUGCUCAGGCACGCUCCCCGGCGAGCGACGGAGGGCAGACCUCUCGUGCACCGGGAAGAUUGCCUUGCGGACCUCCAGGAGGGGAAGGGAAGCAGAAAGCUCCAGCAACGUGAUUGCAUUCAGCUGAAAGGAUGGGCAGAGUCCAGAGUUCAGGAGGCCCCAGCUGGAGGGGAGCCGGGACCCUGCUGGUCUUGGCGGCCGGACUCCUUGCUUGCAGUAAUGCCAAUGAAUACGACUAUGUGAGUUUCCAGUCUGACAUAGGCUCUUACCAGAGUGGCCGGUUUUACACCAAACCCCCGCAGUGCGUGGCCAUCCCUGCGGACCUGCGCCUCUGCCACAGCGUGGGCUAUGACAAAAUGGUCCUGCCCAACCUGCUGGACCAUGAGACCAUGGCUGAGGUGAAACAGCAGGCCAGUAGCUGGGUGCCCUUGCUCAACAAGAACUGCCACAUUGGCACCCAGGUCUUCCUCUGCUCCCUGUUUGCCCCGGUGUGCCUGGACCGGCCCAUCUAUCCCUGCCGCUGGCUCUGCGAGGCCGUGCGUGACUCCUGCGAGCCCGUCAUGCAGUUCUUUGGCUUCUACUGGCCAGAAAUGCUCAAGUGCGACCAGUUCCCCCAGGACGACGUCUGCAUUGCGAUGACCACUCCCAACGCCACGGAGGCUUCCAAACCCCAAGGAACAGCUGUGUGUCCCCCCUGUGACAAUGAGAUGAAGUCAGAUGCCAUCAUUGAACAUCUGUGUGCCAGUGAAUUUGCUUUCAAGAUGAAAAUAAAGGAAGUGAAAAAGGAGAAUGGGGACAAAAAGAUUGUUCCAAAGAAGAAGAAACCUCUGAAAUUGGGAACAAUCAAGAGAAAAGAUCUCAAGAAGCUAGUACUUUAUCUAAAGAAUGGAGCAGACUGCCCUUGCCACCAGCUGGACAACCUUAGCAAUCACUUCCUGAUCAUGGGGCGCAAAGUGAAGACCCAGUACCUUCUGAUGGCAAUUCACAAGUGGGAUAAGAAAAACAAAGAAUUCAAAAAGUUCAUGAAGAAAAUGAAAACUCUGGAGUGUCCAACGUUUCAGUCUCUUUUCAAAUGAUCCGGUGGCUAGAGGCUCUGCUGCUGGCCCAGAACUUGCACAGCCCUAGGACUCGGGGGUUCAAAUGUUGCUUCUUCUGUAGUAGUGGAUGUAGUACCUGAGUCAGUUUUGUUUCUUUGUAUUUUUUUUGAGCUUCCUUUAAAGCUCCACCCCCAGUAUCAGUAUUUCCCUGUAAGUGAACGAUUGAAAGCGCAAUACAUUCAUACAGAACAGUCA